AGUUUCCAGUGUCAAUCGGCAAAAAAGAAUAUGUUUUGUUCAGAGUGAAAAUAAACCCAUAAUAAUGUCCAAAAUCCUCAAGAAGCUGAGUUAUCUUGAUUUCCCAGAGAAUUCUCGACAAGCUCUGCAGUAUGUAGCGUCUUGUUACUCUGAUGGGUCGACCCACCAUGGCCUCUCUAUUCCUGGUCUGGAAUCUGCCUCAGAGAACUGGGCUUAUGAAGUCUGCCACGAGUAUAUCUACUUCCAUUCAUCAUCUCGCCGAGCUGCACAGAAACUGAAUGCAGUUCAAGAGUUGCAGUUACUGGAGAUGUUAAGCAGCUGUCUGAGUGAGGCCAACGAGGGGUCACGAUACAGUAUAUUUAACGCCAUCUUUGGAGGCUCCCCAGAGGGGUACAAAAUCAUAUUACUGACAAAACUGGUGUCCAUGGCUCUGUCCCUGGGGGUAGGACCAGUACUGGACUGUGCUGCUUUGUGGAUGCAGGAGCAUGGCUGUCACAGUAAGGCGUCCUGCGACCUCGCCCACAGCCUGGUGGAGGACUACUGCCUGCUCUUCCCAGAGGUCAGCACGACCUUCCAGGGCCUGCCCAGAAUCUCACCUCUCUUCACCUGUAACUUCAUCACAGCCGUCGCCACCAUCUAUCCGUUUGACGGAAAUGCCUUCCAGAAACCCCCUCCAUUAUCAUUGCUCCGAUACAUCACUACCUGGGUCUCCUCGGACCCCUGCCUGUGUUCCGAAUCGGUGCGUCUCUCACGGAUACAAGCAAACUUCUCCUGCCCCUUCAUGGGCCUCGUCCAAUGGUGCAUUCUGGGACAUUUAUACACCCAUUGUAAGGUGACAAAUGAGGCUGAGAAGACAGAGAUUCUUGGACUUCUUUCUAAACUCCAUUUUGGAAUUCUCCAGAGUCUGUUGGCCUAUAAAAGCAUGGAGCUGAACCAGGCUUUGUUUUACAUGCCCCACUUUGUGUCCCUAUCUCAGGCACUCAUGCAGUUAAAUAGUCAAGGCUGUAAAAGCGAGGACACCUUACACCUGUUGAUUGAGAAAAUAGGUCAAGUGAUUCAGGUUGCCAUGGUGACAGGAAGCCUGAAAGAGGAAAAAGGAUACUUUGGCUUAAAACAAAUUUGCAGCAUAUUACCUCAAAACAGGUUACUUGAAAUAAUUCAGCAACAUCAGCUUCCUCAGAGUAUGGAUACAUCCUAGUAAUGGAUACAUCCUAGUAAUGGAUACAUCCUAGUAAUGGAUACACCCUAGUAAUGGAUACAGCCUAGUAAUGGAUACAGCCUAGAAAUGGAUACAGCCUAGUAAUUGAUACUGCCUAGAAAUGGAUAGAUCUGACAUGGAAAUGGAUAGAUUCUAUUAAUUGAUACAGCCUAGUAUUUGAUAUAUUAAACAGAGUAUUGGGUAGAUCCAACCAAGUUAUGGAUACAUACUUGUAAUGGAUACACCCUUGUAACACUAAAUGUGGAUACAUCCUGGAUACAUCCUUGUAACAUUAAAUGUGGAUACAUCCUUGUAACAUUAAAUGUUGAACAUCCAUGUAACAUUAAAUGUUGAUACAUCCUUGUAACAUUAAAUGUUGAUACAUCCUUGUAACAUUAAAUGUUGAUACAUCCUUGUAACAUUAACUUUGGAUACAUUCUUGUAACUUUAACUGCGUGUCCUCCUGGUGAGGGAUACUGGAAUAUCCCAGAUACUUUCUGGAAAGAUUCUUGGAAAAGAUUUCAAUCUUAGUGCUAUAUGGUAAAUUGCAUUCUAGUAUGUACAUUGGUAAGUAAUUCACAUAUACUGGUGGUGCACACAUAUAUACCAGU